AUGGAAGAAGCAGACGUGGUGGUCAUAGGUGCAAGCGUCAAUGGCCUCACAGCCGCGCAUACCUACCAUCGCUUGCACCCUUCUGCCAAGCUUCUCAUCCUCGACUCUGCGCCCUCCAUCGGCGGACCAUGGGCCCCGGAACGCGUUUUCCCAGGCCUAAAAACUAACAAUUUAUGGGGAAUGUACGAGCAUCCUGAUUUUCCCAUGGAUCAAAAGCGCUUCGGGGUCCAACAAGGAGCGCAUAUUGAUGCGCCCAAAAUGUACGAUUACCUCUGUGCGUUUGUAGAAUGGGCGGAUAUCAAACAAUUCAUCCGUCUGAACACGAGUGUCGAGGUGCUUGAGCAAGAGCAGGGCGAUGAAGAGGAGAGUUGGAUAUUACGUUGUGUGUCGUCGUCAUCUUCGGCCGAAAAGAAAGAGACGGUGAUACGAGCCAAAAAAGUCAUCGUAGCAACAGGAAAUACAAACAAGCCUUUGCUACCAGCAUACCCUACAUCACCUACGUUCUUCUCGCCAGUUAUACAUACUCGGGAUUUCCCAGCUCACUAUGCGGAAAUUGUGAGACCGCAGACACACACUGUGGUUGUCGGGUCCGGGAAAUCAGCUUGGGAUGUAGCCUACGCGUGUGCGACGCAGCCUUCUUCCUCAGCGACGCUCCUGGUCCGACAAGAUGGCAAUGGCCCCGUAUGGAUGACACCCAGCCAUGUGACACCGUUCGGAAUGUGGUUGGAGAAGUUGGUGCACACGCGCUUCUUUGGCUUCAUGUCGCCUUGCCCCUGGGCUACGACAACGGGAGUCGAAGGCUGGCUGCGCUGGUUUCUGCACAAGACGUGGCUGGGCAGGAAGAUCAUAGCGGGAUUCUGGUAUGUACUCAGUGAAGAUGCAGUUUCACUGAACAAACUCGACGCCCACACGGAGACGAAGAAGCUGAGACCCUGGAGAAGCGCCUUUGAAGUCGGAAACGCAUUAUCCAUCCACAACUACCCCACCAGCUUCUUCGACCUCGUCCGUGACGGAAAAAUCAGUAUUGUAUUCGACAACAUCGCCGCUCUAGAAAACACUCAAACCAUCCGCCUCAAAUCCGGCACCACCCUCACUGCCAACGCCCUCGUCUGCGCCACAGGCUGGCAAAAAGCCCACACAUUCCGCUUCAACCCCCCAUCCCUCGAGCACGAUCUCGGCCUACCAUGUCCUCCCACCCCCUCAGACCAAGCCCUCAUGGCCGCAUCCGAAACCAGUCUCUUCACAGACUUCCCAUACCUAUCUCAACGAAACGUAAAUCGGCCAGGCCACCCGGACCCCUCCCUCCGCUCUACACCGCAACCCCGUAAGGCGCAAACGCAACCCUACCGUCUAUACCGCUUCAUCGCACCACCCCGGUUCCUCACCCACCCCACCAUCGCCUUCGCAGGCGCAGUCCACUGCCUCGGCACUUUUCCCUGCGCCUACAUCCAAUCCCUCUGGAUCGAAUCCUUCUUCUCCGGCACACUUGCAACCCCGUUUUCACCCUCUGAACAGGAAAGCGUGUUAAAGGAGGUGUAUCGGAAUAGUCAGUACGGUGUCCAUCGGGGAGCGAUGAGUUAUGGGUAUAUUUUACCCGAUCUGGUGUUUGAUACUUUGCCUUAUUUUGAUGUUUUGCUGCGGGAUUUGGGACUAAGGGACAGGAGGAAGGGAGGGGGGGUCAAGGAGUGGGUGGAGGGGUAUGGGCCCGAGGAUUAUCGGGGGUUGUUGGAGGAAGUCGAGGUGAGGAGGAGAAGGGGGGAGGGUGUAUAG